AUGGAUCUGCUGGCAACUGUCAGAAAGGAAGGCUCGCGUGGCGGCCGCGGUGACUUCAAGUGGUCAGACGUCCAGACGUCUUCGCACCGUGAAAACUACCUCGGUCAUUCUUUGAUGGCUCCGGUGGGCCGCUGGCAGAAGGGUCGUGACCUCAACUGGUACGCCAAAGCAGAUUCCAAUUCGAACGCCGAGGAAGACCCCGCCGCCAGAGCUGCCAGAGAGCGGAAGGAAGAGAUUCGGAGAGUCAAAGAAGCGGAGGAAGACGCCCUAGCAAGAGCUCUGGGACUGCCCGUGGCUCCGCGGCACAAUCCGAACAUGGAAGAGCUAGGCACGCAACGCGAGGUUGGAAAUGUUCUGAAAGCGGCUGCAGGAGAUGAAGACGCUGCAAUGUCAAGGGGCGUUGGAUAUGGCCGACUUGCAGGGGUUUCGGCUCCGGAUGAGGGGCAAUCCACUACUGAGCGUCUGGAAGGCACCGCCACAGAUCAAGACAAGGAGCUUCAGCACGCGCUCCGGGAAUACAAACGCCGCCAUGAAAGGGGCACGAAAGAAGACACAGAGAUGACCACCACCGCCAUAGUGAGCACCGUCACAAUGGUAGGUCUCCGCGACGACAGAGACCCGUGCGGGAGAGAUCAAGAUCCCUUUCGCCCGACCGCGAGCGGGACUACCCUCGUCGUGAGCAACCUCGGAGUCACUCCCCAUCAGAUCGCCGUCACGAAAAGAACAGGCAUGAUAGAGAAGGAGGGCGUCAAGGGUCGCGGCGUCGCUAGGUGA